ACGUCGCCAGAACGCUGUCUCGUAACCCCGCCCAGCUGAGAAUGACGUUUGGACUAGAAUGUCGCCACUUCACCUCAGUUCCAGACAUGGCAGCGUUGAGACAGGAGCAUCGAUAUGGACUCUCCUGUGGAAAGAUUAAUAAAAGCAUUCCCAACAAAACCAUCUUUCACGUCAAGCUAACAGACACUGCCAUCCGGACGCUGGAAGCCUAUCAGAAUCUCAAGGGGUCCUUACCGAAUCAACCGGCAAUUUGCUUCAAGGGGAACCAGGGGUAUAUCAAGAUUCCUGCUUCCUCGGAUUCUCCUGAUGCUUUCCGUGUCUUCUCCUUCUAUCUGUCCAGUGACAGUAAAGACAAACCUCAGGCCAGCUUUGACUGUAUUCACCAGUAUGUUUCUGGAGAUGGCAGGGAUCAUCUGGAAGGUCAGGGCAGUAUUCAGGACAAAAUCACGGUGUGUGCCACCGACGAUUCCUACCAGAUGACCCGCGAGCGCAUGUCUCAAGUGGAAAAAGACAUCUUGAGUCGCUCAGCCAUUGAGAUCAAACCUGGAUCCACACGUCAAAUUAAAUGUGUGAAGAUUAAGAAGAAACAAGGCCUGCCUACAAGCUCUGACAACAUUAACAGACAUUCACCCAGCAACAAGAGGAGUGGUGCACCCAGCUUGGUGGCCCAUAGGCCCUUGAAGGAACGUGUCAUUCACAUUCUGGCCUUAAAGCCCUACAGCAAGCCAGAACUACUGCUCUGGCUGGAGAGGGAGAAAGCCAGCCCCAAAGACAAGGCCGACUUGAGCGCUGUGCUGGAUGAGGUGGCUAAACUCAAUCCCAAAGACCACAGCUUUACUCUAAAGGAUGAUUUCUACAGACAUGUGCGGAGGGACUGGCCCGGCUAUGUGGAGGAAGAGCGCCAACUCAUUCAAAGGGUGUUGGCAAGAAAACUCCAGCCUCUCAGCAGCAGCAGUAGCCAGUUGAAAAGCUUCCAGUCCAGCCAUUCAUUCCACAAAACCUCAGGGGAUUCUCCAUCCCAACUCAGCCCUGUCAAGAAUCUCUCCAUGAAACGCCCAGUGCCUUCCGACCAUCUAGAAAGUCAGACGCCGAAAAAGCAACGUUUAUUAGACCAGAACAUGCCCUUGCAAUCUCCUUCCAAUGGACAUCUCAGCUCCUCCAUGGGCCGUAGCUCUUCUGCCCAUGGAAACACAAGUUUGCAAAGGGGAACCAAUACAGCCCAGCAGAGCCCAGAUGGUCUUUACCAGCGGCACAAGCUCAGCGAGUCCAACAGCUUGCCCAAACCAGAACAGCCAGAACCAGCACAGCAGCCUCCCAGCAGCCCCAAACACACAAGAACUGAACCAGAAAUCCGCACUGACCAGCAGCUCGCGAACGGCCAGCACAAAAAGAAGAAGUCCAAGAAGCAUAAAGAAAAGGAGAGGGAACGCUUAAAACCUGCGUGGGCCGAGACCAGCCCCGACCUCAAACAGAACCAAGAAAAUAUUAAUGACCACGAACGGCCCAACACACCUGUCACCCGUGCCUCGCCUGAUGAGCUGCCUGACUAUUUAAUAAAAUACAACACUAUUACAGACUCUGAGCAGCGACAGAGGUACAAAGAGGAUUUCUGUGCGGAAUACGACGAGUACAGAGACCUUCAUGAACGCAUAGGGAGAGUCACGGAGAUCUUUGUACAGUUGGGCUCUAAGAUAAAGACACUGUCUCCUGGGACACAGGAGUAUAAGGUAAUGGAAGAUCAAAUAAUGGAGAAGUAUAGGAAGUAUAAGAAGAAGUUUCCAGGCUACCGGGAAGAAAAGAAACGCUGCGAGUAUCUCCAUCAGAAACUAUCUCACAUCAAAGGCCUGAUUCUGGACUAUGACCGCACACAAGCGCUCUCCUAGUGCCAGCCAUUCCACUCUCCUCCUCCUUCCCAGUCUGCUCGUACGGACCAAAAGACUCCUCAGUGGAAAAAUCCAGGACCAAGUGUCUCUCCUUGAGAACGACUAGGCAUUUCCACAUCUUUCCUCCGCACAAACUGUGGGUAACUGUGUGGAGCCAGAGGAUCUAAGUCCAAACUAUCAAACAAAGGCCAAGACCUCCGACUAGUGACUUAAGCCCUUUAAAGUUUCUGAUUUUGAUAAAAAAAAGUGUUGAGGAAUUUGGUUAGAC